AUGGUCGUUUCUCCCUGCAGAAGGCGGGCGCCGGGGUCUCCGAGAGAGCGGGGUGAAGUGGGGGGCGGCGGCGGGGUGUUGCUCCCGCCGGUUCUGCAGCAUCACCGUCGCCCUCGGCGUGGGUCCGGGGAGAGGCUCAGCUCCCUCCCAGACAUCUGUCCCGCGGCGUCCCUUUCCGAGCGAUGCUCUUGCGCCCUUCGCCGCCUCUCCCCGCCUCCCGCGCUGCUGCGCCGCCAGCCCCCCCUCCCGCCCGCCCCACGCCUCCCCCUAGACGCGCCAAGUCCUUGGAAAUUUCCACGGCGGCCGGGACCGCUAGCCCGCCCCGGGCUUCUCCUCCUGGCUUGCCAGGACCCCCGCUCCCCACCCCUCCCGGAGAAGAAAAGAACUCGCUCUCAUCAGCGGGCACACACGCUCGCGGGCCCGCGCGCCCGCGCGCACGAGGAGGUGCUUGCACCUCGGGGUCCCCCGCCUCGCCUCCGCUCUGCGGAGAAAGGUGCCGCCGCAUCCAGAUGUGAGGGCGGCUGGUGGCCGAGCGAGCCGACCUCGGGACGUGACAAUGCAUUAGAGGCGCGGUCGCCUUCUCGCCCUAUUAUACGACAGGGCCGUCUGUUCCUCGACGUCUUUCUAGCUCCACCGACCAGCUUAUCGCAACCCCGACCUUAG